GUGACUUACUGUCAUCUGGUGAGCUUCAAUAGCUCUGCAGAAGCGGACAUGGGAAGGGCGGCUUUAAUAUCUCUGCUGUUGACUUUACCAGGUGUCGUCUUCUUGGGGCUUACAUCUGCACAGCCAAUAGAGGUCAAGGCUAAGUCUGGAGAAACUGCCUAUCUACCAUGUCCAGUUGCAAGCAACAUCAAAGUGGUAGAGUGGAGCAGACCUGACCUCAACCCAGAAUGUGUCCUUUUGUACCAGGAUAAACAGUUUGAUCAAGACAGUCAGAAUCCAUCUUUUAAGAACCGAACACAACUUGACAUAAAGGAUGGAAAUCUGACUUUGAUUUUGCAUGAUGUUAAAAUUAGUGACACUGGAACAUAUGAGUGUCGUGUCCUCGCAAACCGCAGAAAGCAAGGUGUUGACCCCAUCCACACCAUCCACCUUCAUGUUGAUCCUCCAGGUCAGACAGGAGGACACACAGAGGAUGGAUCUGUUGGACUGACAGGAGAUCAUGGAAGAGGACAUUUUCCACUGAUAGCAUCUUUAUCAUUUAUUUGUGUAGUUUGUAUUUUGACCACUGUAAAGUAUUUCUGUCCUACUCGUGAUAAAGCAACUGACACGCAGGUGGCAUGAAAUAUUGCACUGCUGUGACAAUUUUUAUGUCACAGCAGACAAACCAGAGGAUCUUGUAUUAUCAUCCACCGUCGUUACAACAAAGAAAUCUAAAGCAACAGUAUCAACAUGUUUCAGGGUUCCCAUUAAUUUCAACUAUAAAUAUGGUAGAAACCAAGCGAACCCAAAACCCUUCAAAAAAAUAAGGAAAUAUGCCACAAAAUGUUCAGCUGGAACAAAAUUAACGACAGUAGAUUUAGCUAUUCCUCAUGU